AUGCGUUCUUUCUCUCCCCCAAAUUCUGCUUCUUGGGCUCUCUUUCAGCAAUGGAAAGGAGCGGCUGGUUCCACCCACCAUCCUAACCCUUCCAACGCCACAGAGACUAUGAUAGCCAAGCUCCGAGAAUUGGUUACUUUCCUCCCCCUCAUGGACCUCAGGUUUGCGAAAACCUCCAUGACAGACAACACAUGGUUUAUGAGCUCUCUCAACGACACCCAUGAGGAAAACGAACCCGAGUACCUAUAUUUCCCUUCAGAGGCAUCCAAGGGACGGGUUCUAUGCAUCAAGGGACAUGACAUUAAGGAUGGUACAAAGGACUCAUAUGCUUUGGCAUGGCCAGAAAGUCUUCCAGACUCGGCCACUCUUGUGGAAGGCCUAAUCUUUGUCUCAGACACCUACUACAGCUACCAAAAUUUGUGGCAUGGAUUGUGUGCCACAGCCCCGUUUGUCCGAUGGUCGAUGAAGAAUGGUUGCUUAAAGCCUUCGAGAUGGGUACUGUUCCACUGGGGAGAGUUCAGAGUGCAAAUGGGAUCAUGGCUUCAGCAUCUCAUGCAAGCGAGUUUUGGAGAAGUUAGGAUUGAAGGGUUUGAUAGAGGAGAUGAGCCUUACUGUUUCGAGAAAGCCGUCGUGAUGAGGCAUGAUAUUGCAGAGAUGGGGAAGGACAACAAACUGAAGGUUUUCGAUUUGUUGCGAUGCAAGGCAAGGGAUUUUUGUGGCUUGACCCCAGCAGGCAGAGGAAAAGAGGUCAAUGAAAGAGGGGUACCAAUUAUAAGAUUAACUUUGCUAAUGAGAAGUGGUUCAAGGUCAUUCAAGAAUGCAGCAGCUGUUAAAAGGUAUUUUUGA